AUGAAUCCUCCAUAUCAACCCCCCGGGCCACAACAGGCCUUUCCACAGUCGAUGCCACCUCCAGACGGCCCUCCCAACUACCAACGCUCUACACCCUCACAGCUUCAGCUCCCGGCACCCCGACAGUUGCUCCAGUACGCCGAUUCUUAUCGCCAGGCCUCUUCACAAAGUCAGCUCCACUAUCAGCAUCCAUCAAUGAAUCUUCCGCCUCCUCACCAACCAAUGGCUGCUCCACACUCACAACCACAGCAUCAGCAACAACAUCAGCCACAUCUUCAUCAACAGCAUCAGCCCUCUGCAUUGACCCCUAGCCACCCCUCAAGGCGAGAGAGCUAUGCAAAUGACGCCGGCUACGCAUCCGCAAAUACCUCCUCAAAAGAUGCCGAGCCUCCACAGGCUGUGCUGACGUCUGUCUCUCAUGUGGAUGAAGUUGAUCGCCGGCCCAUCACGCCGCCACCUUGUGUUCGACUGACAAUCCUUGAUAUUGCCACUGGCAAAGAAAUCAACUACAACGAAAUUGACCACGCCAUGUUCGUCCUGAAUGUCGAUCUCUGGAAUGCCGACGGAACAAGAGAGGUAAACCUUGUUCGCUCAUCCGCCGCCGCAUCGUCUAGCGCAUCGUCAUCGGCGAACCCCCAUGGGUUUUCGUCGUACAGUGCAAUAGAGCCAACUCAAGACGCGCAUGCGGUGCUACCGGGGCCUGACGCAUCCUACAGGCAGCAGCGUGCGGCUUCGUACUCGUCGGAAUACCCUUCCCAAGCAACUUAUAAUGACGAGAACAACACAUAUCGUCCGGGUGGCACCUAUUCCGCCUCAUCGCAGCAUUACUCGCAACAUCAAGCCUACAGACCGGAGCAAUCGAUGGUGCCAGACAGCAACGGUGGCCAUUCGCGACUGGUUUCGACCCCUGAGGGUGGUCAAGAUCCGGGUAAUAUGACAAGAAUGAGUGUCGGUGGAGGACAACCACAGGGGAUGUUCACUCGGAAUUUGAUUGGUAGCGUUGCCGUCAGUGCAUUCAACUUGUGUGACACGGAAGGCAAGCGAGGUAUCUGGUUUGUUUUACAGGAUCUCAGCGUACGAACUGAAGGAAACUUCCGCCUUAGGUUCUCGUUUGUCAAUGUAGGCCCUCGAGGAGGCCGUGCUCCUCAAGACGGUACACCGGCAAAAGUCACAACUGGCCGAGCGCCCAUCCUCGCAUCUUCCUGCAGUGAGGUAUUCAGUGUCUUCUCUGCGAAAAAGUUUCCAGGUGUUUGCGAGAGCACAGCCCUCAGCAAAACCUUUGCGGUGCAAGGAAUCAAGAUACCAAUUCGAAAGGAAGCCGGCGGGAAGUGUGAUGACGAAGACGGCUACGGGGAUUAA